AUGCUUCUCCUACUAAUUGCCGUAGUAGUCGGGCAACCCAUUCAGUCACAUUCCGAUGAUUUGAAGGUCCAAGCCGUUCAGGACAAUUCGCCGUUGAAUAUGGAGGCGUUCAACGACGAUUCGGCGUACUACUACUACUACCCCGAGCAGGCCGAUCCUUCGUUCAAGGAUGUGCAGAAAAAAUGGGCGAACCAAGUGAGAUUCGGAAAGAGGGCAUCUUGGGCCAGCUCAGUCCGGUUCGGAUAA